GGCGACCCGAGAAAGAGAGAAGUGCAAGCGAAAGACCAGGGAGGGGAUCGGAUGUGGGGAUCCCACCAGCCUCAGCCUGCAAGGGCAGCACCAAGGGGAUCUGCCCUCCAGCAGAAAGACAGACGAGGCGAUCCCCAACGCUCUUCUUUGCAGGAUUCUCCUAGGAGCCCCGUCUCCUACGAACGCUCCCCCCAAGCUGUGGGUGUGGAUCUUACAGCCGAUCGCAGGGCAGGGGUAGGUCGAAGGGAGCCCCCUAGGCAAAGAUCCAGCGAAACAGCGGGUCCAAGUAGCGAUCGGAGAUCUGCGCCCCAGGGGCAGGAUCCGUGGGCUUCUGCUUCGCCAAAUAGCGGCUCCUACCUACCGGGUUCCGAAAGAUCAGAAACAAACAGGAACCAAGAGUCGGCACUGAAGGGCAGGCAAGUCCCAGGAGCAGCCAAGGACCCCGGUGCACAGGCAGGACACCCGCCGCAGAGAAUGAUUUCCCGGUUAUGGUCCUGGAAUAAAGAUGCCGGAUCCUCCUCGAAGAGCGGCAGCCAAUCUGGAAGCGCCUCUCAUAAGCAUCUGGAGCAGGGCAAAGGAGAGGCCAGAACCUCUUUGAUCCCAGAGACACACAAGGCCCUAACAACAACCAACCAGCUGGAGGCAGAGCUAGAGGCUCUGCGGAACUCCUCACAUCCCCAGUCCUUGGAAUUCCUUCAGGCCCUGGAGAGACCCUUCCAAAUUGUGACUGACUUGCUGGCUGAGAACCAGCGGCUUCAGACGGAGGCCCUCCAAGUACGCUCCUUGCAGGCUGAGGUGAAGCAGCUUCAGCAAAUGCUGCAGAAGCGACAGGUCAGCCAGAGAGUCCCCGAACAUCCCCUGGUUGCUGAGAAUCAAAGGCUUCGGCAGGAACUGCAGGAGCUCAAGGACAGCCAUGGGGUCCUGUUAUCCAACCUGCAGGCAGUGUUAUCCAGCAUGGAAGCCGAGAAUCAGGAGCUUCGGCAAGAGCUUCAAGAGCUUCAGAGGGGCCAGGUACCCAAGAGCGAGACAACAGCAGAUAAAAUGCCGGUUCCACAGAUUAUAGCCUUCCCUGUACAGGUCCGGGUAAGUGGGGAGACACGCGGUUACGAGAAGCAGUUUCUGGGGGACGUUGCUAAGGUCCUGGUUGGCCACAAGGUCUCACUCCAGGUGAAGGAGUAUGAAGAGGACUCGGGGCACCUUCUGGUGUUGUUUUUGCCCAUAGCCCUUCGUGCAGGCACUGAUAUUGACAACGCUCUCAAUGGUUUCAAAAGUAUGCAGAAGAUCCUCUUGGUGGUUCUCCAUUAUAAGGCAAAGGACAAGCCAUUUGUGGCUGACAAGGCGCAAGUUCAGCACCCAGCCCUGGUGGCCACUGUGCAUGCCUGCUACUCCAUUGAAGAUGGAUUCUACCACUGCCAGGCCAAUGAGGACGCUGUGGCUUCUUUGGCAGCAGCCAUUGUGCAGCUCACACGGGAGAGCUGACAGGAGACUGCACAGCUUUUGAGUUUGACCUGCUGCUGUUUGGAAUGUUUGUGCUGUUCAUGUUUGUUUGUAACUUAUUUUGGAGAUCAUCAUAGAAAGGCAGAAUGUCCAUCUUUUUAGCAAGCAAAUAAAUCCUCUGAAAGAGUAGAGGGGGAGGCCCAUUAAAGAGGAAUGGUGUUGAAGAGCUGAAGAGUCUUUUUCAUGCAGUGUAUGCUGGAAAUACUCUAAUUUACCAUCCCAGGAGUCUUUUUACAGAAGCCUGUGUCUUGCUGGGGUGCAGAGGCAGGGCCGGCCUGCCCUUUGAGGCUGAUGAGGCUGCCACCUCAGGGCGCUAAGGCGCUGGAGGGGUGCCAGCCCGGGGGCAGGGACGCACGCCACAGAGCUGCUGCCACCACCGCUGGCCAGGAGCACAUGCUGGUGGCGGCAGCGUGGGGCAGCUGAGCAGGCAGCCUCCCGUUCAGUUGUUCUGCGGGCCAGGCAUGCAGAACAAUUGAAUGGGAGGGCUGGAAGGCCCCCUAUGCACGCACCAGCCCCUGCGUGAUGACGUCACACACAGUCUGGUGCACACACGUGCACAGAGGCAGCAUUAAGUUGCCUCAGGUGCCGGCAAUGCUGGAGCCAGCCCUGUGCAGAGGUCUCCUUUGCUCUGCAUCUGCAUAGAAUAAGCAAACUUCUCAUAUCCUAUAACAACUUCAUGCCUUCAGCUGAGAACUUUUUGCCAAAAUGACACCAGAAUUAGACUCCAAUCCACACUUUCACCAAACUCCUCCUCUUACAAACUCAGGUCACAUGAGAUAGAAGGAGACUCAAAGAGGUAUUCUUAAGGACAUCCAAAGUUACUGUUAAGGAUUCUUUGAAUUCCUCUUUGGUGGUGUCAGCGUGGCCCCAAAUUCCUGAUGAAUAUAAAUUUUGAGGAUAUGAUUUGACCAUGAUCAAUUUCAGAGGAGAAACUGCCCCCCGCACCUAACUUCUUCAGGAUACCAUUGACUGUUCUACAUUCAGCUUAGCUAGUUGAAAGUACCCACUCCAGAAGCAAUUCAUGAUUCAUUCCAUAAUAUGGCCAUCAUUUCCUGAUCUUCCAAAUAGUCAAUCUACACCUUACUAUGUAGAGCUGAAUCUUGAUCAUGUAUCUUGAUCAGGCAUUGUGCAGGGGGUUGGACUAGAUGACCCUAGAGAUCCCUUCUGUGCCCAAUGAUUGUAUGUAUCCUGGAACAAGAAUCCAAAGGAACUAGGAAAGGGAAUGAACAGUUAAUACAAUCUAAAUUUCAGUUUUGUGUGUCAACCCUGCCCCAACCUAGAUAGCCCAGGCAAGCCCAAUCUCAUCAGAUCUAAGAAGCUAAGCAGGGUCAGACUUGGUUAGUAAAUGGAUGGGAGACCUCCAAGAAAGGCCAGGGUUGCAGAGGAAGGAACUGGCAAACCACUUUUGUUAGUCUCUUGUCUUGAAAACCCCAACAGGAGUUUGCCAUACAUUAUCAACUAUGACUUGACGGCACUUUCCACCACCACAUCUGCACUUAGCUAGAUAAGAGAUUUGUGUGCAUGUGUGUGCACCAUCAAGUUACAAUCAACUUAUGGCAAACCCAGUAAGGGGCUAUCAAGGCAAGUGAGAAGCAGAGGUGGUUUUCUAGUUCCUUCCUCUAUAGAGUCUUCCGUGGUGGCUGCUGCUCAUCCAAGUACUGCUUAGCUUCUGAGAUCUGAUGAGAUCAGGCUAUGCCUUGCCAUCUUCCCUCCAAAAUAAGGGAUAAAAAGAAGAAAAAAAUAGCGCUUAGAGUAGGACAUCUGGUUAGCCUGCCUCGAACUAUCUUCUAACCCCAUUUUAAAAGGUUUUCUGUGGCUGAUGCAUGUACCCAGUUUCUGCAUCUACAAGGAGCAUCUAGUUUCUGAAUGACUCUCUCUACAGUUUGCAGAAAUGGGCUCUACUAUGGAAUCCACACAGCUCCUUCCCAUAAUCACCUCUUCUUGCUGAGCAGCUGAAAUUCUUCAGUGCCAGGAGCUGCUCCAGACUGAAAGUUAAAAACAGCCCAUGCCUGGAGUGAUAAUUUCACCGGAGGGAAAAAGAUUCACUUUUAUGCUGUCUAAAUUCAAAGACAGGAAGCUGUUUAACUUAGUGUGGGUCAUUAUAUCAGCCAUUACAAAAGCAAAAUAAUCAUCUCAAUAGUAGCCACCAUUUCAUUCAUUUUCUUAUAGGGGUUCUGAAUUGUCCUAAUUAAAGCACACUGAGUUGCCAAAGGUUUUUUUUUUAAUGUUUCAUUGGGUUGGAUCCAACAAUUCCCUUAGGGAGGAAUAUUUCUGUGAUAGGACAGUUGCUCCCUCCAACAGAAACUCUUCUUUAGACGUGUUAAUAGACUAAUCACCUGAUUGGGCAGGAUCAUCUACCUAUACAGAUGCGAGGCUGACAAUUCUGCAAGAUGGAACAACAAGAAGAGCGUCAGGCUUAUGGAAACUAGCUGAGAAAUAUGAAGGCCCUUCAAAAAGUGGGGGUGGGGGU